CAAAAAUCUCCCAGGAUAAUCGGCAACGAUAGCGUUUGGUGACUUCUCUCGAUUUCAGUGCUGUACUAACGUAUCUGGACAUUUAUGAACCGAAUUUGGAAAACUUAUCGCACUCUGUCCGCACCCUCGACUUUUAAUCGACGAGUCUACGCCAAAUUACUGAACCUCAAUAGCGCUUGCUCCCGAUUUUACUUAAAUUGUCCCGUAUCGCGCUUUUCACACUCCAUGACUUCAAUUCCGGAGGCUUUCCCGGCCCCCGAUUCGGCCGGCCAGUUAGUGCAUCAUGACGGCAAAGAGUACCGAAUCAUUAGAGAAGGACGAGCUUACAUUUUGAAGCCACCUGCAGAAACCGCAGCCACGCAAGCAACAAGAAGGGAUCUCAAGCCCGAAGAUGCAUCGCAGACUGUUUUUUAUAAUCCUAUUCAACAAUUCAACCGCGAUUUGACGGUGCUCGCACUCCGCGUUUAUGGUGAACAUGUAAUGGCGCUGAAUAAAGUGAAAAAUGAGAAGCGAAAACGCAAGGCUCAGGGGAGCACGGCUGGGAAAAAUAAGAGAAGGAAGCUGGGUGAUGAGGGGGUUACAGUGUCUAAAGAGCAGGGCAGCAAACAGGAUAGCGAAGCUCAGGAGCCUGAAAACGAAAGCAAACAAACAGCGGAUGCUCAUCCUAGAACGGGCUCUUCUCCCCCGUUCACUAUCUUGGAUGCAUUAUCGGCAUCCGGUCUACGCGCUUUGAGAUACGCCACUGAGAUCCCCUGCGUUACUCGCGUCGUUGCGAAUGAUUUGUCGAGCUCCGCAAUCCAGUCGAUGAAAUUGAAUAUCGAAUACAACAGACUCGACAAGCUUAUUCAACCCAACAAUGGCGAUGCUCGUAUCUAUAUGUAUAGUCGUCUUAAACCAGCAUCUAGUCCACAUAAGAAAGAAGACUCUGACAAAUUCAAUGUCAUUGAUUUGGAUCCUUACGGCAGCGCAGCCCCAUUCAUAGAUGCAGCUGUGCAGAGCGUCAAGGAUGAGGGUCUCCUUUGCAUUACCUGUACUGAUGCAGGUGUGUGGGCAUCGAACGGGUACCCUGAAAAGUGCUUUUCCUUAUAUGGUGGUGUCCCAAUGAAAGGAACACACUCCCACGAAGGUGGGCUUCGCCUCAUCCUGAACAGUGUUGCAACAUCUGCUGGAAAAUACGGCCUCGCAAUUGAACCUCUUCUUUCGUUAUCGAUUGAUUUUUAUGCUCGCUUAUUCGUCCGUAUCCAUCGGUCACCCGCGGAGGCCAAGUUCACGUCAGGCAACACAAUGCUUGUCUACAACUGUGACUCGGGCUGCGGAGCGUGGACCACCCAACCUUUGACCCAAACCAGACAGAAGCUUGAUAAGAAGGGCAAUCCGUUUUAUCAUUUCGGAUUUGCACAAGCGCCGUCCACAAACCAGAAGUGCGAGCAUUGCGGAAUGAAGACACAUCUGUCUGGACCAAUGUGGGGUGGCCCUCUUCACAACCCGCACUUUAUCCAAAGGAUUUUAAACCUCCUUCCCCGAGUUGACAAGGAUGUAUAUCAGACCAUAGACAGAGUUGAAGGCAUGUUGACCACAGCACUCGAAGAGGAUCUGAGCCUGGAACCGUUCUCGGAAGAUGAUAAAAGCCAGUCUCUAUCCGACUCGAGUUCCAAUAACACUCAAGCCCAAACCGAAGAAGCUGUGCACAUUAUUCCCCGGGCAGAUCCCGCCUUACGUGAUGCCCAUCCAUUCUACUUCAGCCUCUCUAGCGUCUCGAAAGUUCUACACACAACCACUGUCCCGUACGAUUCGUUCCGCGGGGCUAUUCGCCACUUGGGCUACCGCUGCACGCGCAGUCACACCAAACCAAACACGGUCCGUACCGAUGCUCCAUGGACCGUUAUCUGGGAAAUAAUGCGCGAAUGGGUGAGACAAAAACAACCAGUUAAAGAGGGAUCCAUAAGGCCCGGGACUGCCGCUGCCGGGGUUAUGGCCAAAAGCCGGGAGAGGGCUAAGGAUGAUUCGCAACUGACUCUGUUGAAGAAGGAACUGAUUUCUGCUACCGAGGCUGGCAAGGACAUGUCCGAUCUCAUCACUAGAGUGGAGGCUACAUUGUAUCGUUCAGCCUUACUAAAAAAGGACCAAAACGCACCCGGCCCUAACUUGAAUAGCACGGGCGAAAUCCCACAGCACAAGAACGGUUCUCAGGAAAUCGGGGCUUACCGCAGCUCGCCACCCCAUCAGACUUCCUCGGAGCUUGAAGUAGUUUUUGAUGAAACCCUCGGCCGGCAAACAGGACACCGCAGACGACUCGUUAGAUAUCAAAUGAAUCCGAGAGCAAACUGGGGGCCCUUGAGCCGAGCGUCGGGAGGUUCAUGAGCUUUAGGUAGGGGUAUGAUAGACAAAAAAUGUGCAUUAGCUUUCAAAUAUCACAUAACUUAAAUCUUGAUGAUUCCGUACGCACCUAGGAAACACCUG